GCCAUCCAUCGCUGCGUGGUCAUAUCAUCCCGCAUCCAUUGUUGUUCUCAAUUUGUUCACUGACCCUCGUGACCCUUAAAGUAUAUUUGCAACAUAAAUUUUGUCACUUCUUUUUGAUAAAUAUUGGCUAUCGAGGGAAUAUUCACUGAGCAAAAUGGAGAACAACAGCGAAGUUUCGCCUUCAAAACACCGAAAUGGGAAUGCUUAUAGAACUGAUUUCAUCGCUUGGGAUGAGUAUUUCAUGGCCAUUGCCUUCCUCUCGGCGCAGAGAAGCAAGGAUCCACACACGCAGGUGGGGGCAUGCAUUGUUGAUGAGAUGAAGAGAAUUGUUGCUGUUGGAUACAACGGAAUGCCCAGGGGCUGCAGUGAUGAUGAGUUUUCGUGGAAUAAAAGCAGUGAGGACGAACUAGACUCUAAAUUUUUGUUUGUCUGCCAUGCAGAAAUGAAUGCAAUUAUGAACAAAAAUUCCUACGACUUGAAAAACUGCACCAUCUACGUAGGAUUGUUCCCUUGCAACGAGUGUGCAAAGAUGAUAAUUCAGGCUGGGAUUAAAAAAGUCAUUUACAUGUCUGAUAAGAACAGCCAGAAGACCCAAACCAUCGCCUCUAAGAUGAUGUUGGACGCUGCUAAGGUCGAGUACAGACAAUUCAUCCCGAAGAGUGGGCAAAUCACCAUUAACUUCAAUCAAAUUGAUUGGAAUAAACAGAAUCAGUUACCAGAGACACCAGCAAAGAAGCUGAGAGGUUCAUGACUUUAGUACCGAGGAGAACGAAAAGAAAAUGGACUGGUUUUAACAGUUUUUUAACUGCUUUUAGUGAGAAUUGAGAGGUAGACAAAGUUCAACCAAACUAUUAAUCAUAAUACGUCAUUAUACUUCGAGGUAAAAAAAUGCAAAAAAGAUAUUUAUUAAUCGUUGACGAGUUGACAAAUAAUGAGACUUUAAUCGUUAUAUUUUUUAUUGGACGCGUUCUUUUGUACAAUUUAAGAUAAGUGACAAGGAACUCCUUCAGCUACAUUUACCAGGGUGCAUUAAAUCAUAAAUAGGAAUUUCCAUUACAAAUAUUUCGGGCUAGCAUUAAUCAAGGAAGUUGUUUCAUCAUUUGGCAAAAGUCCUAUUUUUAUUAUGUUCUCGAUUUUUUGGUCAUUGUGAAAUAAUUUUGUGGAAAUUCGUCUUGUUUUAUUCGUUAUUUAAACUUCCGUCUUGAGGAAUAAAAAAUGUUAAUCAGCUUUUAUCACAUCAUUCAGAUAUUUGAAAAAUAAUAUUGAAGGGAUGUAUUAAUGUUUUACUGGAGAAAAAAAUCGAAAUAAAAAUGAAGAUAUUUUU